CUCCCUUCACACAGCACAACCCCUAAAAAAGACAGAUAAGGAGGGACAGACAGGCAGAGUUAGUGAGUCUGUGUGUGUGUGUGUGUCAGACUGUGAGAGAUAACCAGAGUUGGACUCAGGAUGCCUGCGUACGCCACCAACAUGAGGUUGAAGUUCCCCAUCUUGGCCUUGGUCUUGGAGAUUAUCACCAUCAUCCUGUUUGCUGUGUUUGUGACCUAUGAUGACGGGAAAGGUCAUGGGCAUGACACGCACUCCAAUGAGACUCACCAUCCAGAGGAGCCCAUGAAUCUCUACCCCAUGUUUCAGGAUGUCCACGUCAUGAUCUUCAUCGGCUUUGGGUUCCUGAUGACCUUCCUGAAGAGAUACGGGUUCAGCAGCGUGGGCGUCAACUUACUCCUGGCUGCCUUCGGCCUGCAGUGGGGCCUCCUCAUGCAGGGCAUCUGGCAUCUGGAGGAUGGCAAGAUCAAAAUCAACAUCUUUAAAAUAAUCAACGCAGACUUCAGCACAGCUACAGUCCUGAUCUCCUUCGGGGCCAUCCUGGGUAAAACCAGCCCUGUGCAGCUCCUCAUCAUGACCAUACUGGAGAUCACCAUCUUCUCCAUCAAUGAACAUCUGGUGGUCACAUUCCUCAACGCUAAUGAUGUUGGAGCAUCCAUGAUCAUCCAUGCUUAUGGAGCCUACUUUGGCCUGGCAGUGGCUCGGGUACUUUACCGACCAGGUCUAAGAAACGGACAUGAGAAUGACGGAUCUGUUUAUCACUCUGAUCUGUUCGCUAUGAUUGGAACUGUCUUCCUGUGGAUGUUCUGGCCCAGUUUUAACUCGGCCAUCGCUGAUCCGGGCUACACUCAGCUCACAGCAGUGAUCAACACCUACCUCUCCCUGGCUGCCUGUGUGCUCUCUGCCUACGCCAUCUCCAGCCUCGUGGAGCACAGAGGAAAACUGGACAUGGUGCACAUUCAGAAUGCCACCUUGGCUGGUGGAGUUGCUGUGGGAACAUGUGCUGAUAUGAACAUCGGGCCAUUUGGGGCAAUGCUGAUUGGAUUCCUGGCUGGCAUCAUCUCUACCGUUGGCUUCAAGUACCUAAGUCCCAUCCUGGCAUCUAACCUGGGCAUCCAGGAUACCUGCGGAGUCCACAAUCUGCAUGGCAUGCCUGGCAUCCUGGGCGGGUUGGCUGGUAUUGUAGCUGUGGCUUUGGGGAAAAAAGAGGGUAGUGCUACCAUGCAAGCUGCUGCCUUGGCUUCAUCCCUCGGGUUCGCUUUGGUUGGAGGUGCUGUUACAGGUUUAAUAAUGAAGUUGCCGAUCUGGGGACAGCCUCCGGACCAGAACUGCUUCGACGACUCUAUUUACUGGGAGGUCCCUGAGGAGGAGGAGGAGAAUGAGGAGAGCUUGGCUCACGCCGAUCACUCAAAGAACAAAGCAGAGGUUUAAAUAUCUGCCCACCGUCCACUGAGCUGGAAAUGAAGAAGGAUCACGAAUCAGCCACACUAUGUCCGCGGGUAUCAAUUUUCCAGUUCUAUUAAUGUGAUUUUUUUUCUUCUUUUUUAAAAAACUAGACGAUUACCUCUACUCAUCAACACCAAACUGCUUAUUCAAUUUUGAAACUUUUUAGUGAGCAAAGAUAUCGACGCAGUGUAAUUUGUAAUUAGAAAGGGCAGUGAAAGGUUUAAACAGCAGAGACUCCAAAAAUGUACAACAUUUUUAUUCUAGUAUAAAGAUUUGGUUCAUCCCAUUUACACUUUUGAAAGGAGAACAGUGACUUUCAGGGAUUUUUUUUUAAUAUACCGAAAAAUUGUGAUUAGCAAUUACAUUAAAUGUAAUCAAUGAUUUCUACCAGCGUCCAUAGCUUCACUGCUGAUACACCACUAUCUCCAUAAGCUUUUUUCUUCAUUUCAUUUUUAUACUAAAAAAAAAGAAUAAAAGCAUGUUUUAAGAUAUUAGUAUAGCAUGUAUUUUCCUUCAUACAUUCUUUUAUAAUUCCAUAUGUAUGUCUGCUGAGGCCUGCUUCAAAGAGAGGAGUGAAACCCUCUUUGAUCUGUUGCUUCACGCCACCUCACUGGAGCCCAGUCCUUCUGCAAGGAGUCAGAGUCGGACUGUGUGAAGCCAGCAGCGAGGCUCUGACAUGGGCAGGGAUAGUCGCAUGAUAUGUUGUAACUAAUGAACCUUCACGUCACUUAUCUUCCGCUGCUUGCAAUCAUUUUCUGUCUGUCUGAGGGCAGCUGUAUAAUUUCUUUAACGCAAUGAGGAAUGCAUUCAGAGCCGAGCAAUGAGCAUUCGAUUGGCUGUCACAAGACAGGCAGAAGUUCUUUUUUUGUGUGUUUUCUACUUUCAUCCAGUGUAUUCUAACAUGUACAUACAGUUUAGCUUUUAGAUGGAUUGACAUGGUCAGUUUUAUCAAGGCCCUGCAGGGUUAAAAAACAGCAUCUGGUACUGAAUAUUUUUCAGAUAUCUUAAAAGAAUUCAACAGGAACUUGCAAACCAAAAAAUAGGAAAUGGCAACAUUUAUAUGAGGUGGAAAUGUUAUAAUAAACUCACUUUUUUUAAAUUAGAAUUAACUUUUUUUAACCUGUUUUCUCUAUUGGUGAGUUACUGUUGGAUUCUUUUUCAUUCUGACUUUUGAACCAUCACACCUGCAACAAACCUGCUGCGUAUAUUAUGGGAUUAGAGAGCAGCCAUUUCUUGCUUCUCAGUAUCUUUUUAAGAUGCACGGUGUUGGAGUGCUGAAGUGCAGGUGUUUGGGGUGUUAAACAUCAAAACACAGGACUGCAGGGAUAGAUUAAACUGACUACACACACACUAGUGUUAAUCAAUGAUAUUUUGAUUUGUCGAAUGACUUAUGAUGCCCAGAACACUGAAAAACAUCAAUAUUUUGUAUUUUUAUACAGUGGGCAUGUGCUCAUAUUUGUAUAAUAUACUAAUACUGUCAUAAUAAAUAUGUUUUGUACAAUA